UUUCUGUCUCCCUCUUUCUUUACUUGUGCAACCACUCAAGAAGUCUAAUUCUCUACAGAAUGGACGACGAUUUUGACGAUGACCAGUGGCUAACAAGCGAUGCUUUGGACGCCAUCGACGAGCAGUUAACCCAAUUUGCCAACACACAACAAGUACCUCAACCUAUAAUUAUUAGGAAUCCAUCACGAUCGUCUGAUUUCCCGACACCAGCACCAUUAACCGCAGCAUCCCCAGUCAGCAGCAGACCAGCUAUUCUAGUGGAUCACAGCAAUAACAUUCAAAGUCACGGAUUGAGCAGCACAUAUGGUAACCGUCAGCAACAACAACAACAGCGCCAGCAGUAUGACGAAACAGAAGCCCUCAUUGAUAACCUGAGGUUCGCCGAAGAACGGCUACAAUUGAAGCUGGCACAAGAAGUGAAUGCACGAGAAAACAUGCAUAACGAACUAGAGCUUUUGCGGUCCGAGAUGCGGUCUAGGGAUGAUAGGCUAGUGGGUCUACAGUUUGAAUUGGAAUCCUUGAGAAAGGUGGCAAGAUCUGAGCCCGAAGCUGUCAACAUCAACAACCCUGAAGAAGCAUCAUCGAUAUCAUCCUCCUCCACAACUAAAAGAAAUAUCUUCCCAAUUUUACCCGCUUUUUCAGAUACAACGUACCGUAAAAAAAGUAGCGAUCCAACUUUACGAUCACGAUCAGCUACGCCUUCUCCCGGCCCCACAAUGCUACAAUGCGCUAAGCGAAGGCGUACGGCCGAAACAAUGAUCACCGAUAAUGUGUCAGCAACAGCAGUGCAAACAACAACAAAUAAACAAGAAAAAUCAAUAGCAUCAUCCCGAUCAUCACCACCGCCACCAGCGAACACUCAGCAUAAUAAGUUUCUGAGGUGUUUACUAGAGCAUGAAUACAUCAAGUUGCAACAGGAGCAAGGAGGCCAAGUGGAACAAUUUCCAAAGAAAAUGUCACCAAUUCUUAUGGAUAAUCUCUGUGCACGUUUUUCACAGAGUUUUAAUCCCAAGAAAUACUGCAAUCACAAGCUCUCGAUGCUGGCAACCGACGUGUCCGAUUGCAUAAUUCGAUCUAAAGAUCUAUCUAUCAGCAUAACCAUAGAGCAACUGAUGAGCAUUCUUGGUCACAUCUUUGCAACAUGUGUGAAGGAACGCUUGUUUGAUGUACUGGGCCAAACCUUGCAGACGUUUUGCCUGCUCACCUCAUGCUACCAAGAUGCAAUUAAUUAUCUUAUUCGAGAUUUUAAACGCGCCGAAGAUGAAUCCAUUUUGUGGAAUUUCAUCAAGUGCUUCUCUCUCUACGAUAUACUGCUGGCGGAAGAAGACCCGCAUCUACGACCCGAUAUAGGAGACAAAAACGUUUGGUCAAUGGAGGCAAAAGAUAUACAUGCCUAUUGCGUGAAAAACAACAUCACGCCAGUACAAAUGGAUAUCCUGAUCUCGUACCAAGCGUCCAUAGAGACAAGCUAUACUUCUAUAUCAAAUAUUCUUGAUGUGUUUGUUCGGAUUGUUUCCGACGAUGUUACCAUUGCUCAAAGUCUUCACGCUUUAUUAAAGCAGUCUUCAUUCGUGAGGUUGCUGUCAGCAAGGGCGCCGUUUAACAUCAUCACCAAGGUCUUGGACCUCUUGACGCUGCUGGCUGCUUGUGACGAUGUCACACUGUUCAUGUAUAGAGUUGAAAUGGAACAAUCGAGAACAGCGACAACAGUCUCCAUGCUCAGUAGCUUGAUAACAACGCCUGAAACAUCACAAGAUCCGCAUAAUAUAGAUGAUUGGUUUACUCUUCGAGCAAGUGCCGUUUGCAUCCUGGAUUCACUAAUUAAUGCACCCAAAUCGAUGCCAGAGACUUUUAUACAACGGGCGUGUGUUGAGCUGUUUACGCCGUUGCAACAACUGAUCUACAAUGAGUGUGCUCGCUUAGAAAUAAGCAGUGACCCGCCAUGUCCCGCGGUUCGGUUUGAAGAAAGCGAACGACUUAUCAUUUUGAGCGCGGACCUAUUAUACCCUGUACUGAAGCAUUAUGAAGCAACACAACGUCUCGAUCCUGAUCAAUACUACCUUACCAGACAGCGGAUGAAGUUUGCAGAAACCCGCAUUGCAAGUGUGUGGGGCUCCAAGCAUCCUGCCAAAAGCAAAAUCACCGACAUUACCGAAAUCCUAAAAACCAUGCACAGCGCUAUUCAAGUCGGAAGUGACAAUAACACCACUGGCACAAAAUAGACCUCAUCAGUUGCACGCUGUAAAACACGUUUGCCUUACUUAAAAAUUAAUACACAUCACUAUUUAUACUGCCCGUAUGCUUACUAACCGACACCUUUAUUUUAAUCGCCUUCACGCUUUUUACCAGACAACAAAAUACAUGCUCUAGCACCACACGUUUUACAUAUAGCUUUUUUCAAUCCUCCCAUCCUCUCUGUCUUAUACAUUGCACCAGCCCACACCAUAACUAUAGAACCAGCUUGUACAUAAAAAAUGAUUUAAUGCGAUAUACAAC